ACUUUUGUCUUCACUGUCAGAGUAAUUUUGCUCACUGCAAUGUUGGAAAUACUCAAUCUGAUUAAUAUACAUUUUUAUACCCCAUUUCUUACAGUGUACAAACCAAUAUCAAAGAUUGUAUAGUUGUCCUCUGAAACUGAUUAGUCCUCUCUUCCUCAGAUGUAGUUCUGUUGUUUGGAGAAAAGAUUUUCCCAGGUAGGGGAACUUUAUACAUCUUUCAAUAGCAGAUCAAUUAGAUCAUAAUUGGUUUUCAACAGAAUCCCAAAUUAGCUUCACUGAGCAACUAACAGUGAACAAUCUGUUUGCAGAGCCAGACUACGACAUAGAAUACGCCCCUCCAGACUAUGACAUGCCUUCUGAAGAAGACAUCCCCUCAAGCCCUCAAGAUAGACCUCCAGAAAAUGAGUCAGACCUCAUUGCAUCAGAGGCCCCAGAGGACCCCGAGGACCUGGUCGACCCAAAUGCCCCAUCAGAAGAAGAUGCAACGCCCCCAGACAAACUUCGUCUGGAGGCUGAUUGGGUCAAGUGCGACACCUGUUCCCGGGUCGUCAAGACGGCCAUCAAGCACAGAGUGACCGACACCACCUGGUUAAUGUGUGGCAUAUUCUCAGCUGUUGGGUGUGUGCUUGGAUGUUGCCUCAUCCCAUUUAUGUGUAACUACUUCAAGGACGUGUCUCACUACUGCCCCAGAUGUAAGGGCAAGCUCCAAAACGUGCCCAGAUUUUGAGAAGAGUCCAGACCUAUCAUCAAAUGAGACGACAGAAAAAGAAGAGAGUAGCAUUUCUUUUCUUUUUUAAAAAAAGUUUUUUUUUAACCUUUCAUACCUUUAUUGGACCGAGAGGAUGAGGGGAAGGAGGAAGAAAUGAUCUCGACCAGAAUGAAACUCGGGCCUAACAGUAUUGCCUUGUGUUUUUGCCACAACUGAUCUGGGGACAGCUGAAGCCACUAAGUUGGUCUUAAGGACUGAAGUGAUAAGUCACAUUCUCGUUCUUUCAGUUUGAGACUGAGACUCAAGACUGACACGUUGGAUUGAAUAUGAUGAAUGACAUAUUUAUAUGUACAAAAUUAAAACCAACAGAGCUCACAUUCAACCAUCUCACUGACAAAAGAGGAAAUCGACUUUGCAACUGGCUUGUUUGAGGAAAACAAACAAUCAGUAACCAGCAGCAUGAAGAGAAAACAACGAUGUCAUCCAACUACACAGUGUACAUGUGGACACAGGGCCGCGGACAACUUUGGCCAGACUCGAGACAAAGUCAUCUGAAAGCCCCCCCCCCCCCUUCUGACGUGUAAUGGGACCCAAUUCUCUCCCUGGGCCCAGGACAACGGACCUCUUUGUCCCUCCCUGUUAGCUUUCCUGUGUGGACGUGACCGACAUGACUUCCUGGUGCAUUGUCAUUGACACAGACAAGAUAGAUGAUGUCGGAGUUUCAACAAGCCGAGAGUCAUUUGGCUACCCAGCCACCGGAAUUACCGACAUUAGCAUACAUUACGAGCUAGCGGUGGUAAAAUAGGCAAAUGGACAAAAUAGACUAGGCAAAUAGACUGCUUGCGUCAACAUGGAAAAGAAAAAGUCCAGCUCAGUCAGCCAGUAGUCUAUUGUGAGGCCUUUUGUGGUUAUAAGAAAAAUAAUGUGUUGUUUUUGAAUGAAUGGCUUAUUUACAUACAACGUGAACAGGGUUUAAAGGUGUUGUAUAUAUUUUUAGGUGGUUAGACCACUUCACAUGCAAUGGAUUGGUAGGUAGUACUGUAUUUACCGUGUUUCAUGACUUCUCUGUAGAUAAUUAAAGAAUCGUUUUAUUCAAACUAAUCACACAUUUAUCAAAUUCCGAUGGAUUUUUUUUUUUUUAAAGACUGCAUUGCACAUGAACGUCACAGUACAUCUUAUUUUAUUGACACAUAGACAGCAUACAUAGACUGUGUAAGGUUUAUCUUGUUUGUUUCAUUUUAACAUUUUUUUUAAUCUUCUUUUCUUUCCUUUGAACUAUUUACACAGAAAAGAGCCCAUGGAUGCGUAGAGACAUGUAUAAAAAUAUGCAUUACAAUACAUCCAAAAAUUUAAAUAUGUACACAAUGUGCAAAACGUAUGGCAUUAUGGAUGAUCCAGCCUAUCUAAAUGGGGAGGAAUCUGGAAGAGCUUGGCUCUUGGCCAGCUCUCUUUCUCUAUCUAUUUCUUCCAAUCAUCUCUCUCUCCUCUCAUCCCUGCUUUUUCCUUGCUCCCUUUCUCCACCUCUGCUGCCAGAAAACAAACAGCAUCACAGGCCAACUACAGGAGGAUAGUCUAGGACCCAAAGCAGGACAGCGAUGGCCAAUAAUAAUAAUAAUAAUAAUAAUAAUAGAUGACGACAACAACAACAACAACAAUCAUUAAAAAAUUCAACAAAAACAUAGUAUUCUCAAUAAAAACAUACAAAUGGGGGGAUGAUUGGGGUGUGGAAUUUCGGGAAGGGGAGAGCAGGGAUGGGGUGGGGGAGUAAGGAUGUUACAUUUGAGUGGUCCAGGUGACAGGUUGAAAAGAGUCUAAAGAACUAAGACAAAAAGGGAGCCCCCCCCCUCUUGUUGUUUGACAGAACAAAAACAAAAAGACAACAAGUAUCAAGUUAUUUGUUUGCGUGACUCUGAUAGGAGGCAAAGCAAAGCAAAGCAAAGCAAAAGGCGAACGGCAUGAUGGGUAGCCAUGAUGGACACCUGGGGUGCAUUUCUCGAAAGAGAAGUUGUUAGCAUGUUAGCAACUUGGGUAGUUGCCAAUGGGAAAAUGCAUUGAAAACAAGAAAGUAGCUAAUGUAGUAAGCAACUUUGGUUUCGAGAAAUGCACCCCAAGGCAGAAGAUAUGAGGGGAGUAGAAAACACUAGACAUAUAUAUUUAAUAUGUGUGACACAUGAAAUAUAUGACAUAUUUAUCUACGUAUGUCUAUGGUGUUGUAAGGACUUAUUGCUUUGCUCAUAGCCUCAUUGAGGCGAUUCAUGUUCACUUGAUGGUGCAUCUUCCUUAAGUGUGUUAACUUCUGCUUGUAGCCAAAAUCAAUAAAGGAAACCAUUUGCUGUAAUCUAACGCUCUAAAAAAUGGAAAUUAUAUCCAUUACCAUAAAACCGACACCAUAAAAUCAUUGACUAUAUAGUUUUGUUUUUUAAAACUUCUUUCACUAUUUUUAAAAAAAAGUUAUCAUUGACCAUCCUAGAAUGUUUUCCACUGUUUCUUUGGCAACUAUGGCUUGUUCUUUUUCUACAACUCAAACACUCGCAAGGGACGUUCUGACAAAGAAAAGAAACAAAAUGACACCAUUACAACUCCCUCGUUUUCAAAUGGUUGGCUACACCCCAACACAUUUUUGACUCAAGUAGCUACAGUAUGAUAACAUGUGCUAUUCUGUAUAUAGGCAGACCCUUCAGUAGACCUUAUACAACAUGCUAGGCUUUAAGCAUGUUUCAUCAUUGGAGCGUUCAGGCCGACUGAGAACUGUGCUGGUGCCCGUUCCAGCACCUAAUUGCGAACUGGCUGGCGUGUUCACAACACAGAUCUUAGCAUUUGUGAACUGGAAAGUUGGUUCGAAAUGUAAACAGAAAAAUACUUGUUUUUUCUCUGUGAACCCUGGAGUCGACAUGGACGUCAGCAGGUUCAUCCUGGUAACAUACAGUCACAGGUAGUUCAGACCCGAGUAUUAACGCGGAUGGUUCACAGGUAAGCACUUUAGUGCCGAACCUAACUUGUGCGGGCAAGAGCACCCGCACCGCUCUGGUUGGCCCGAACACAGUACAUGUGGGAAGGCCUCUCGAUUGGAUCUGUUUUGAUGAUCUCAAACCCAGUGAGUGGG